AUGGUUCAGCCCAAUGUUUUCCAUCCCUUGAAGGGCACGUUCCGUUCCCUCCGCUCUGGCCUCCCGCGGUACUCCCCCGUCCAGAACCGCUGCUUUGGAGCAACAUCGCGGGUUCGUGCCGAGGACAAAUCGCAGUCAUUCAAAAACCAGCUGUAUGAAAGCACCCAGCAGCGAUUGAAGCGCGAACGCGCAGAACAAGAGCGGUAUUCCCAAUACCAGACUCAGUCCCAAGGCGGCCGUUACGCCGCCUUGAUGUUCGCGCUGGCCUUUUUCUCCACCGGUGCCUAUUUUCUAGGAUCCCUCAAGCCUGCCAGUCUGCCCACUUCUUCCACCACGAACCUCUACGACCUGAGUCCGCCACACCACAAUGUCUCCCAGUCCAACCUGCAGGCAGCCUGGGCCGAUUUCGUUGAGAUCCUAGGGAAGGAGAAUGUGUCUACAGAAAAUGCCGACCUCGAGAUGCACUCCGGCUCCGACUGGUCGUCGUAUUCACGGAAAGCGAACGAGAAGCCGUUCCUGGUCCUGUAUCCUUCGUCUACCGAAGAAGUGUCCCGCAUCAUGAAAGUCUGUCAUCAGAGACUGAUUCCGGUCACCCCAUACUCUGGUGGCACCAGUCUCGAAGGCCAUUUCGCGCCCACCCGAGGUGGCGUCUGCAUUGAUUUCCGCCGCAUGGAUCGCAUUCUGGCGCUCCACAAGGAGGACCUGGACGUGGUUGUGCAGCCCGCCCUGGGAUGGGAGGAUCUCAACGAGGAGCUGUCCCAGCAGGGUCUGUUCUUCCCGCCGGACCCCGGACCGGGCGCCAUGAUCGGCGGCAUGGUCGGCACCGGCUGUUCGGGCACCAACGCGUACAGAUACGGCACCAUGCGGGAAUGGGUGCUGUCGCUGACCGUCGUUCUCGCGGACGGAACCAUCAUCAAGACUCGCCAGCGCCCGCGGAAGUCGAGUGCGGGCUACGACCUGACAAAGCUCUUCAUUGGCAGCGAAGGCACCCUCGGACUCGUCACAGAAGCCACGCUGAAGUUGACCGUCAAGCCUAAGAGUCAGAACGUGGCCGUUGCCAGCUUCCCGUCCAUCCACAACGCCGCUCAGUGCGUGACGCGCGUGGUGGAAGAAGGCAUCCCAGUCGCCGGCGUCGAGAUCCUCGACGAUGUCCAGAUGAAGUGCAUCAAUGACAGCCAGGCGACGAGCCGGCAAUGGAAGGAAUCCCCCACGAUUUUCUUCAAGUUCACCGGGACGCCCGUGGGCAUCAAGGAACAGAUCAGCAUGGUCCAGAAGAUCGUCUCGGCCACGUCCGGACGGUCGUUUGAAUUCGCCCGCGGCGAGCAGGAGAUGCAGGAAUUGUGGAGCGCUCGGAAGCAGGCUCUUUGGAGCGUCAUGGCCAUGCGUAGAGGGCCCGAAGACCAUGUCUGGACGACCGAUGUGGCUGUUCCCAUGAGCAAACUCCCCAACAUUAUUGAGGCAACAAAACAGGACAUGACUCAGAGCGGAUUGUUGGCGGGCAUCUGUGGCCAUGUGGGCGAUGGCAAUUUCCACGCCAUCAUUCUCUUCAACGAUGCGGAGAAGAAGACCGCCGAGGGCGUUGUUCAUCGAAUGGUGAAGCGUGCGGUUGAAAUGGAAGGCACCGUCACUGGAGAGCACGGCGUUGGCCUCAUCAAACGCGACUAUCUCGAACACGAAGUGGGAGAGUCAACCGUAGAUGCCAUGCGGCGGGUAAGAUAUAUGACACUUGCCUUUUGA